AUGCCGACAGAUCUGUUGAUCGCCGUGGGGAGUUUCCACUUCGUCAUGGUGGCCUCUUCAGUAUCGGUUGCCAUGAACCCACCACCAGCAAGAGAAGAUAAGAAGUUUUCUGGUCCAAACUCUAACGUACCUAUUUUCAACGGAGACCAUCCCGGUGCUCUUCCAUGUCAUACUGGUAUGCCUAUGCAGCUGCAUUGCUCGGCCAUUGCGUCAGCAACGGAGCAGAACAUUGGUACAGACCGAGUCAUGGGUGAAAAGGGAUAG